CGGCCGGGCGGAAGUGGUGCAGGCCAGGUUGCCCCGCAGUGCAGGCGCCCGGCAGUGCAGUGCAGUCGGGGUAGUGGCUUUUAAGUCCGGCGGGCCUCGCCGAGAUGCCGCGCUUCGCCAUGACCAUCGUCCGCCAUGGAGAAACAAGAUUUAACAAGGAGAAAAUCCUUCAAGGACAAGGGAUGGACGAGCCUCUUUCGGACACUGGGUUUAAGCAAGCAGCUGCUGCUGGUCAAUUUUUGAACAAUGUGCACUUCACUCAUGCCUUCUCCAGCGAUCUCACCAGGACAAAGCAGACCAUGCAUGGCAUUUUGGAGAAAAGCAAAUUUUGCAAAGACAUGGCAGUCAAGUAUGACUCAAGGCUUCGAGAAAGAAAGUACGGGGUCGCAGAAGGCAAGCCACUCAGCGAGCUACGGGCCAUGGCCAAGGCAGCAGGGGAAGAAUGUCCCAUCUUCACCCCGCCCGGAGGAGAGACCCUAGAGCAGGUGAAAUUGCGUGGAAAAGAUUUCUUUGAUUUUAUUUGUCAGCUCAUCCUUGGAAAAACAGGUCAGAAAGAAGACAUUUUGCCAGGUCCUCCAAGCAGCUCCCUGGAAACCUGCUUAGCAGACAUAUUUCCAUUGGGAAAAAGCAUCUCUGAGCUGGAUUCCGACAGUGGCAUGCCAGGCUUAGCAGCCAGUGUCUUGGUUGUGAGCCAUGGAGCUUACAUGAGAAGCCUGUUCGGUUAUCUUCUGAGUGACCUGAAGUGUUCCCUACCAGCCACUUUAAGCAAAUUCGAACUUUCGUCAGUCAGUCCUAACACUGGGAUUAGUGUCUUCAUCAUAGACGUUGAGGAAGGAAGAGAGCCAACGGUUCAGUGUGUUUGUAUGAACCUCCAGGAGCAUCUAAAUGGAGUGACAGACACUCGCUAAAUUGAAAACUGCAUCAAAAUCUUAAGACUUUGGAGCCUGAAGGAAGUGCCUUGCAGAAGCAAGCCUUGGCUUGCUGUGUUUCCAUCCUGCCAAUUUGGAAUCAAUUAAGAAAUCAGGUUGUAAAGCUCCACAGUGGUGGGGGGCGGGCUUAUCAGUUAAGGAAAUCCACCUAAAAUCAACCUAUUUUUUGUUUUCUGAGUACAUUUGCCGUUUCCUACAGUAACUUUGCCACCCUGUUCAGUUAUGUCUCUAAAUUAUUAAUGUAUGAAGAAACUUGGUAUUGCAAAUAGGGGGGAGUAACCUUGUUUUUUUAUUUUCCAUUUUGUUGAUCUUUUGUCAUCAAUGUCUAGCUUAUUUUAUUUUGGUGAGAUAACUAUACGUUUUCACUGUUGGAUCAAGUGCUUGCAAGAAAGGACGAAUUGUAAUUCACUGCAUAUUUACAAUGAUUGUGCUCUAGUCCAAAGACCUUUGAAUGGAAAUUUCCCACCAUCAUCAGUGUAAAAUAAAAAGCAAAACCACCAGAGGAUCGUCCACAGAAGGCAGAUGUUGGGAUUUCUUAUUCUAAAAGGCUUAGAUACAGAUGAAUGUACAGUAUGUUUGCAGAGCAGCCUUGGGGGUAAAAAAUACCAAAACACCUACACCACUUGAUCAAUACACAUUGCAGGAGUCUCUGAGGAGGGCAGUUUUCCAGAGGUAAGCCAGGGGAAAAAAUAAUUACUUGGAUCGAAGAAGUGGAGAAUUUCUGAUUUGAGGAAGGAUCCAAAUAAAGUCAACAGUUACUAGUACCCUAAGAACAAAAGUGGGGACUUCUGUUGAAAAACAGGGUGGUCUGAUAAUGCACAAACCCACAAAGGUGGGUUUUGUGUAAGGUACAGGUGAAAUUGAUUUUUCUCCACCAGAUGGCGCUAUAGGAAAGAGAUUUUGAUUAACCCAGAUGUUUUUGAGAAAACAAUUUUUUUAAACAAUUUUGGGUGUGUAGAAAAAGUGGAGCAGAAAGUAGGUUAUUCCCACAUGCUUGCUUUUUCCACUUCCUUCUAUUACUAAAAUCAUGCCACAGUUAAAGAAGCCCAGAUCUGAAUCAAGAAUGUAUACAGUGUAUACCUUUGAUUUCACCACACUGAUGACUGCGUGAGCCUCGUGAGAGUGGUGAGCCUCUGGCAGAGCCUUCCCUCCCUUCCCCUGGGCAUCCUCUACAUUGCAUCUGAAGUUCAGUGUUCACACCAUUCUCAGUGUGCCGAGGAUGACCCAAGUUACUCUGCCAGUGUUGGGAAUAGCAUGAAUUUGAGCAACAACGGAGUGUUACAAAAACGGGGGGUUUAGGGAUGUCACGUGUUGCUCAGUAGGCCCUGGUUUUGGUCCCUAGCACUGACGGAAAAAUAAAGGACAAAACUGCCCUUUUAUAAAGAAGCCAAACAGUAUGUAAGUUUUCUGUCUUCCACGGCUGCCAGUGCAGAGUCCACACUGAGCGAGUCCUUUGUCCUUUGCACACAUCUCCCCAGUGCUGAGCAUCUAAGGCAACAGUGUUGUUUUGAUGCAUUUCAAAUGUGCAUAAAUACUCAGCUGUCUGUAUUCUUUAUUUUAUCCAUUAUGUGUUGGAACACUAUUUUGGGAUGUAUGGAUCUAUUUAAUUGUAACCACUCUAUUCUGUUGAAUAAAUACAGUGCAUG